CACCAAGUGACUUACAAUAGCAGUACCACCCCACAGCCCUCGCAAUGGCUCGACAUCUAUUGAGUGACAACUCUUCUGACAGCGAAGAUGGAGGCGCAGAAGUCCAGUCUGUGGAUCUCAAAGUCAACGAAUCCUUCGCUCGCCGGUUCGAAUACAAUAAAAAGCGAGAAGAAUUGCAGAGAUUAUCAGAAAUACAUGGCGAAGCGUCCCGCAAACGCAAACGAACCGAAAAUUCUGCAUCCGACGAUGACUCCUCCGACGAAUCUACAAGUGAGUCUGAAGAUGAAGGAGAUCUUGCUACAGCGGCCCUCGACUCAGAGAUCAUGGCAACCAUAAAGGCUAUUCGCUCCAAAGAUCCUCGAGUCUACGAUCAGUCUGUGGUUUUCUACACACAGAAUGAGGAGACUACACCAGCGGAAUCAAGAACAAAGAAGGACAAACCAAUGCAUCUUCAAGACUAUCACCGACAGAACCUGCUGAAUGGUGGUCUCGCAGAAGAAGAUGAGCCUACCCCUUUGACGUAUACUGAAGAACAAGAACAACUCAAAAAGUCUGUCGUUGGGGAGAUAAAUGCUGCUGCAGCCGCUGCAUCAGGCUCAGAGGAUGAAGAUAGGGGCAAGGAUGAGGAAGAUGAAUUUCUAGUCGCUAAAGAACAGCAGAGUCCAUCUCGGGAACAGAUUACACUUGAUGUCGACAAUGCUGAAAAGGAUCCCGAAACCUUUCUGUCCAAUUUCAUGGUCUCCAGAGCCUGGGCUGCACCUGAUUCGAAACUACAUCCCUUCGAAUCUGAUGAUGAGGAAGAAGAGCAGAGAGCCGAGGAAUAUGAAGAGGCUUACAACCUGAGAUUUGAGGAUCCCGCAAAAUCCAAUGAGAAGUUACGUUCGCAUGCCAGAGACGCGGCCGCGAAGUAUUCCGUAAGGCGAGACGAGACGAAUCCACGACAAAAGAAGAGAGAAGCAGAGAAGGCGAGGAAGGAAGCAGAGAAACAGCAGCGCAAAGAAGAAAAAGCUCGUCUGCGAAAGCUGAAGAUUGAAGAGCUGGAGGAGAAGUUAAAGAGGAUCAAAAAGGCAGCAGGAUUUAGUACGAACGAUUUACAACCCGAAGAUUGGUCUCGUCUUGUUGAUGAUGAUUGGGACGAUGCCCAAUGGGAAGAAGAAAUGCAAAAACGGUUUGGGGAUGAAUAUUAUGCACAAGAGGAAGUCGGCAGCGAUGAUGAGAUGGCGGAGAAGAAGAAAAAAGUCCGCAAACCAAAGUUUGACGAUGACAUUGACAUCAAAGAUAUCGUUCCAGAAUUCCAAGAUGACGACAGGGCACAAUUCAGCUUGUCUGACGAAGAGUCGGGCGAACACAAGAAGAAGAAGGGAAAGAAGUCAAAACACGAUGAGAAAAGAGAUGCACGGAAGGAGCGAAGAAUCAUAGAGCAGUUGGUGGAGGAUCAGUUACGAUUGGAAUUGGAAAGCUCAGUGCCCCAGAAGGCUGGCUUCAGGUAUCGCGAGACGUCCCCGAAGAGUUUCGGCUUGACACCUAGGGAUAUUCUGUUGGCAGAUGACAAGCAAUUGAACGAGUUUGCAGGGCUAAAAAGGCUCGCAGCGUUCAGGGACCCCGAAAAGAAGCGAAAGGAUGCAAGACAUCUGGGAAAGAAAGCACGCUUGAGGAAAUGGCGGCUAGACACUUUCGGAAAAGAAGAUGGGUUAGAAGCCUCUGAGCUUAUUCCGAAAGAGUCUGGGGAAGAAGACAAGCUUGAAGCUGAGGAUGGUAACGACGACAACAUCAAGGAGGGCACGAGGAAAAAGAAACGGAGAAGGAACAACAAGAAGAACAAGGUGGAGGUUGAUGAGACCGUUUGAGGUUCCAGACAGGUGGAUAAUUGUCACAAAUACUCCGUACUGUACUCCG